UGCAGUGCGGGAAGCUGCGACGGUAGUGGGGCGGCUGAGGAAAGGCCAGGAGGCGGGAGGCGCGGUGGAUGAGGUGCGUCUGCGCUGGUGGCCUGAAUUAGAGAGACCAUGAUUGUGGUUUCGGUGGCGUCACUCGUUGGGCCGUUCUUCCUGAGAUUUCCUUAAGCCAUCUCCCAGUGGAACCACUCCCAGUUUUUUUCUACAAGCACUUGUGGAAAAGAUGGCUGAUAUUAACAUCAAAGAAGUAACCUUGAUAUUAGGUGUGGUUACUGCCUGCUAUUGGAACAGCCUCUUCUGUGGUUUUGUUUUUGAUGAUGUUUCAGCAAUACUGGAUAAUAAAGACCUGCAUCCAUCUACACCUUUAAAAACUUUAUUUCAGAAUGACUUCUGGGGAACCCCCAUGUCUGAGGAGAGAAGCCACAAGUCUUAUCGUCCCUUAACAGUAUUGACAUUUCGCUUAAAUUAUCUGUUUAGUGAACUAAAACCAAUGUCAUAUCAUCUCUUAAAUAUGAUUUUUCAUGCUAUGGUUAGUGUGAUAUUUCUUAAAGUUUGCAAACUUUUUCUGGACAACAGGAGUAGUGUGAUUGCUGCUCUGCUUUUUGUGGUGCACCCAGUACACACAGAAGCAGUAACAGGUGUUGUAGGAAGAGCAGAACUUUUGUCAUCUAUCUUUUUUCUAGCUGCAUUUUUGUCUUAUACCAAAUCAAAAGGGCCAGAUAAUUCCAUAGUGUGGACUCCGAUUGCAUUAACAGUGUUUUUAGUGGCUAUUGCAACAUUGUGUAAAGAACAAGGAAUAACAGUUGUGGGAAUUUGCUGUGUAUAUGAAGUAUUUAUUGCCCAGGGGUAUACUUUGCCAUUAUUGUGUUCAACUGCUGGACAGUUUCUUCGUGGAAAGGGUACUAUUCCAUUUUCUAUGCUGCAGACACUAAUAAAACUCAUUGUCUUGAUGUUCAGUACAUUAUUACUUGUUGUGAUUAGAGUCCAAAUUAUUCAGUCUCAACUUCCAGUAUUCACCAGGUUUGAUAACCCAGCUGCUGUAAGCCCAACUCCUACAAGGCAGCUAACUUUUAACUACCUCCUUCCUGUGAAUGCUUGGCUUCUAUUAAAUCCUUCAGAGCUCUGCUGUGAUUGGACCAUGGGAACAAUACCACUUAUAGAGUCAUAUCUAGAUAUUCGAAAUCUUGCCACAUUUACUUUCUUUUGCUUUCUGGGGACUUUGGGAGUAUUUAGUCUUCGAUACCCUGGUGAUUCCUCCAAGACUGUUUUAAUGGCGCUUUGUUUAAUGGCAUUACCGUUCAUUCCUGCAUCAAACCUUUUUUUUCCAGUUGGAUUUGUUGUUGCUGAGCGAGUAUUGUAUGUUCCCAGCAUGGGGUUCUGUAUUUUGAUAGCCCAUGGGUGGCAGAAAAUAUCAAACAAAAGUGUAUUAAAAAAGCUAUCCUGGGUUUGUCUUUCUAUGGUGGUACUUACUCAUGCCUUAAAAACACUCCACAGAAAUUGGGAUUGGGAGUCUGAAUAUACAUUGUUUAUGUCUGCCUUGAAGGUAAAUAAAAAUAAUGCCAAAUUAUGGAAUAAUGUGGGUCAUGCUCUAGAAAAUGAAAAAAACUUUGAGAGAGCUUUGAAAUACUUUUUACAGGCUACCCACGUUCAGCCAGAUGAUAUUGGUGCCCACAUGAAUGUAGGAAGAACUUAUAAAAAUUUAAAUAAAACCAAAGAAGCUGAAGAAUCUUACAUGAUGGCUAAAUCACUGAUGCCUCAAAUUAUUCCUGGUAAAAAAUAUGCAGCCAGAAUUGCCCCUAACCAUCUAAAUGUUUAUAUCAAUCUGGCCAACCUGAUCCGAGCAAAUGAGUCCAGACUGGAAGAAGCAGAUCAGCUGUACCGACAAGCCAUAAGCAUGAGGCCCGACUUCAAGCAGGCUUACAUUAGCAGAGGAGAAUUGCUCUUAAAAAUGAAUAAACCUCUCAAAGCAAAGGAAGCAUAUCUUAAAGCACUAGAGCUGGACAGAAAUAAUGCAGAUCUUUGGUACAACUUGGCAAUUGUACACAUUGAACUUAAAGAACCAAAUGAAGCCCUAAAAAACUUUAAUCAUGCUUUAGAACUCAAUCCAAAGCAUAAGCUAGCAUUAUUCAAUUCUGCUAUAUUAAUGCAAGAAUCAGGUGAGGCUAAACUCAGACCUGAAGCUAGAAAAAGACUUUUAAGCUAUGUAAAUGAAGAGCCACAAGAUGCUAAUGGCUAUUUCAAUUUGGGAAUGCUUGCCAUGGAUGACAGAAAGGAUGCUGAAGCAGAGAUUUGGAUGAAGAAAGCCAUAAAAUUACAAGCGGACUUUAGAAGUGCUUUGUUUAAUCUGGCUCUCCUGUAUUCUCAGACUGCAAAGGAAUUAAAGGCUUUGCCAAUUUUGGAAGAGUUACUCAGAUACUACCCUGAUCAUAUCAAGGGUCUCAUUUUAAAAGGAGACAUUCUGAUGAAUCAAAAGAAAGAUAUACUUGGAGCAAAAAAAUGUUUUGAAAAGAUUUUGGAGAUGGAUCCAACUAAUGUGCAAGGAAAACACAAUCUUUGUGUUGUUUAUUUUGAAGAGAAGGACUUAUUAAAAGCUGAAAGAUGCCUGGUUGAAACAUUGGCAUUAGCACCACAUGAGGAAUAUAUUCAGCGCCAUUUGAGUAUAGUCAGGGAUAAAAUUUCCUCAUCUAGUUUUGUAGAACAGCCAAUGUUCCCAGCUGAUAAGACUUCAGAAGUAGAAGAAGGAGACAAAAUUCUAAAUGAAAAUGUAAAGGAAAUCAGAAGUGAAUCCAGACCAGCAAAGUUAAUAAAAACAAGUGAUGAUAAAACUUCAUCUAAAUCCAACAAACAAUUAGGAAAAAAUACAGAAAAAGAGACCUCCCACAAGACAACAAAAGAUAUCAAAGAAAUUGAGAAGAAAAGAGUUGCUGCUUUAAAAAGACUAGAAGAGAUUGAACGUAUUUUAAAUGGUGAAUAGCAUUAUUCUUUAUCAAGUGACAAUGGUAUCGAAGAACUUCAAUUUAUAUCAUGUGAUUGCUUGUUUUGGGAGCUUUGAAAAAUAUCAAGGAUACAUAUAGUCUAUCGUGAGGUGCCUCUACGUAGGAUCCAAAUAAGGUUUUCAUUAAAGACCUGUCUUACCCCAGGUGUAUUAUAUAAGAUACGGUAAAAAUUUUCAGAGUUUUAGUGAAUAUAACAGAAAUAUUCAAUUACAGGUGAAAAAUUUACAAUUUUUAUUAUGGAAGAAAAGUUUUUUCUGGCACAAUAAUCUUUGCUACUUUUAAUCAGUUAAAAAUAAUUUGAAGCUUGAAUGAUAACCCCUUGAGAACAAAUGCAACAUCUGGUUUAUUCUGUGAAUUCCCAUUUAUUAGUCUACUUCAUUUUUCUUGUACCUCUUAAAACCUGGCUAUGGAUUGAAAACAUUUACAGAACACGUUCUUUUUUCUUCAGUAAUUCUGUUUAACCAAGGAACUUUGCACUACAAAAGAAUGCUGGUUUUCUUUAUGUCGUGUUCUUUGUUUGAUUUUUAGAAGGAAUUCUGGAUGAAAUAUUUUUAAUAAGUCAUAUGACAUGUUAGCUAAGGAAGUAUUUUCAUAAUUGCGUUCUCGUCCUUAACUUCAUUCUAAAAAGCAAUUUUUAGGCAGGUAAAGUUUUACACACACUAAACAUACACACACACACACAUUUCUUAUGGUGCUCAUAUAUACUGUAUUUUUUUUAAAACAUAUUUAGAGUAUUACAACAUGAACCACAUAGGGAUGAUAUAUUCUUUGACUUACACUCCCAAACUAUUCAUGUUUCUGAGGGUCAUAGUCAUGUUGAGAAGUCCCAAUAACCCUAACUUUAAACUUUUGAGUUAUAGCAUAGUAAAUUUCUCCUUCAUUUUAGUUUUAGCUCUCUGGUCUUAUUUGAAUUUUAAUUUUCUGUUUCCAAAGUCACACCUUUAUCAUGCUAGAUAUAUUAAGUCACUAAAUUCAGUUCUGUUUAACUGAAGGCAAAACAGUGUGACAUAGUUUAUUUUUAAGACACUAAAUAUCUUGUUAUGGUGUAUAUUUUUAUUAAAUAUUUAUUUUGACUACUGAGCUUUCAUAAAAAUUGUAAGGCUGUUUUAAUUCUAUCAAGUAUGGGAAACAUAUUGCUGUUGGAUUUCUUAUAUGUGCAUACAUUAUGGCUUAUUCAAAAUUGCAUCAUUUUUGGCUCCCUGUUCAGCUAUAGAAGAUAACUAGCCUAAUACAGGACUAAUAAAUUUGUCAGUUGGUUUUGGCAAGUUUAAAUAUAAAAUAUAUGUUAGGUUAAAAAGUAGAUACGAAUGACACAUUCAUUUAAAUAAUUAUUUUCUUGAAUUAAACUACAUUUCAAAUGAGUUUUAUAAUACCUAAUAAAGUUGGUUUUAAUUUAAAAUGUUAAAGCUCAAGCUAUCAUCUAGGGAUAGUAGUUAAUUUCUAAUUAUGUCAUAUUUCAAAAACUAUGUAUUUUUUAGUUCCUUUGAGGUAACUGAUUUCUAAUUAUAUGUUUCAAAAAUCAUAUUCCUGUAAUUUUUAAAAGAAAUAUUUUAUAAAUAGGUCAGAAGAAACAUGGUAUGUGUUAAAGACCUACUCUUACUAGGUUCCCUGAGGAUCUGUCAUAGAUUUUUUUCUUUAAGGCAAUUUAAAGCAAGCACUGAUACCAGUGGGAAUUAAUUCCUGAUCUAGGAAAUUCUGUUAAGCAUCAAAGCAAUAUCUAAUUUCAGUUCUUAUUUUAUGUCUUUGCAACUCCAGAUAUAAGGUGGAGAAUACCUCAUAUACUAUGACUUGAAAAAUGAAAUCUAUAUUAUUAUUAUGUUCUUUCCAUGUAUCUUGAGGAAAAGUCUCUGAGUGUGAUCUCUUAUGCUAUAUUAUAAAGUGGAGGAUAGUUCAGGGAAGCAGAAGGAAAUCUUUUUGUGACAGGAGACCAUGAUAAAAUUUUGAGUAAUAUUUUGAUAAAGUUAUAUAACUAUUCAAAUGAUAAAAAGGUAUAUAUUAGUAUUAUCCAGUGAUUUUUAUAGAAAAGAGAAUUAUCUUCCUUUUUAGCACUUGGAACAGUGCCUAGCAUAUAGUAAGUGCUCAUAUAUUUGAAUUUUAAACAGUUUAAAGCAAAUUCACCAAGUAAUAAUAAUUAUCCUGUAUCAAUGGUUCUCAACCCUUACUUCAUGUUAGAUCGUCUGGAGUGCUUUUAAUAUGGACCCCACCCUAUAACAAAUAUUAAUUGCUGGCAGGUGGAGCCGUGCUUCUGUUUUUGUAAAAGCUCUCUAAAGUUCUCUCAGAGAUUCUGAUUUGUAGUGAAGGUUAAGGACUCUCUGCUCUAAAUUAGUUCAGGAAAAUGCUUUUCUCUCUCCUGUGUUAACUUUUUUAAGUUAGUAAUACUACUCAAAGUUCCACUAAGGAAUGUGUUCUUCUGAUAACUAGUAUUUAUUUUUUGAAAUUUAAGAUCUUAAGUUCCAUCAAACCUGCUUAUCUGUAUGAUUAUUUCUUUUAUAAUAGAAAUCCUAGUCAAACUGUUCAAGUGAGAAAUGGAAAUGGAUUUUUUUUUUCCCCUCUGGAGCUACCUUUUUGGGAAAAUGGAGGUGGGGACAUUUAAACCCAGUUCACUAACGUAUGGUUCAGAGUUGUGAGCAUCUGUAGGUUUGGAAAAAGCCUAGCACACUUCUGUGCACUGAUGAAUGGAAGGAAUUUUAAUUUUCACUGUUUUAUAAAAGAAUCUACGCCCGAGGAAUUCUGGAAAAGCUUUGACAAUCCCCAAAGGGCAGUGUUGUAUUACUCCUUCACUGCUUCUCAGAAGGUUUCUCAAAUUGCUCCUAUAUAUGUUUCCUUAUUAACAUUUGGAAUUGGGAAUUUUAUCUUAUAAUUAUUACAGUGAGUAGUUUCUGAAAUUGAUGACUUGAAGAGUAAAAUAAUGAAAAAUGUAACUUUGUUUUGCAGUUUUGUGUUUACUUUUAUGUAAAUAUUUAGUUUGUGAAUUACACAAUUCUAAUAAAACCUCAUGCCUUUUCAUUACAUCUAAUUUGAGCUCUCAACUUCAUAUAGAAUGCUUCUUUAAAGAUGCUUCAAUGAAAAAUAUUAAAAUGUAUAGAUUUGUAUGUCAAUUUAUACUUCAGAAAUUCAUAUAUUUGUCAUAUUUAUUUUUUUAAAAAACUUCAUAACUGCAUGACUAAAUGGUAUUUUAAAUGAAAUCCAAAAAACGUCUGGUAUCUUUGUCCAAAAUUUUACCCAUCCAAGCCAUCAGCCAUCCGUGUUAAGGGUUCAUAAAAAAAAGUUUAAAAUCGUAUGCAUUUUAUGUUACUGUGGUAUCUGUGUGUGCCAUAUUUUUAAGUAUUCAGUAUUAAAUUGGUACUUUUUAAACACC